ACACACACUCAGACUUGCAUAUCCUUCCUUGCCCCUGGUCACUCAGCAACGCUCCAGGACGGGAGGGGACCAAGGUCGAAAUUCGUGAUGGGAGAGCUACAUGUGCGGAUGGGGUGUAAGAGAGAGUGUAGAAGGAUGAGGAACGGGGGAUGUGAUGCAGAGGGAAGGGGUAGUUCGACGGUUGGUGGAAAAGGCUUCGCAGUCCCUUAGGGGUAAGUGGACGUGAGGCUGUUCACUCUCCACCGGCACGAUAGUUCGGGGACGGGGUUCGUCGAUCUAAAACUCAGCCGCAUUUGCAGAUUUGAACGGGUAUUUUUUUUCUUUUCUUUCCUCGGGCCCAGAAACACUGCUGAUAAGUGUGUGGACUGGGGCACAAUCAGAAUCACUUUUCCAUGGCUGGUGUCCAGAGGUAUAGCAUCGUGUCCGGUACUCUCCUUUCUGCUCACUUUUAGGAUUGAUCACUCCCGACCAACUGGUGUGUGCAACAGGAGGUGACAGGAGCUUAGAGAUCUGACGAUACGGAGUGAUACCCCUCGGAGUGGGAUGAGAAAGAGGGAGGGAGCAAAAGAAAGAAUAAAAGCAAGGGAGGGUGGAAGAGAGGCUUGCGAGAAGCUUAGAAAAGCAACAGCACCGACUGGCGAGCCCCAUAGUUCCUGUUGAGGCGUUUUCAGUUGCUAUUCUUCGCCGCACUCUUCCCGGGCUUAGAUCUUCAUUUCAUUCUUGAGAAGUCUACAAUUAUCCCUUCGCCGGCAGUCUAUCGAACCAUCUGGGCUCUUUGAGCUCGCUCACUCCCCCAACUCACCCGGAUUCUCCACCCGUCCCCUUUCAGACCACACUCCCCUCCCCCUCCCCCUCACCUCUGAGUAUUAUUUAUUAUUUAUAUUUCUUUUUAUUAUUAUUAUUAUUUUAAUUUUAUAGCAUCUUGCCCAAGCAAACCCACCGUUGGACAACCGUCGAACUGGAAGGGGGGGUCGACUGGCAGGGCUGAGCUGGAGCUGGGGGAAGAAAAGGAAGUGAACAGGGACGGGGGACAAAAAAUCAUUAUUAGAAUUGGAUCUAUCGGUCAUGGCGGACGGGCCAACCCCAGCAGCAUACAGCCGAAAGAUCAGUUCGAGUGAUGAGCGCAUCCACGACGCCGUCCAUGUAAAGCAGCCUUCCCCGCCUCAAUUAUUUACACCCAGGUCAUCUUCCUUCACAUCCCCUACCUCAGAUACCCCAUCCUCCAAGAGUCCCUCCUCUAUUUCAACUGGCACUACCGCUGCUACCUCUAUUUCCUCUCCGGUAACAUUGGGGGCCACCACAAAACCAACCCGAGCUGCAGCUAAGAAGAGGACAUCGGCAUCCCCCAAGGUUAUGGCGGCGGCGACUUCUCAGGUCACUAUGGCGACAAUAACAACUUCCUCUUUGAAGGAUGGGACAACCCCAACACAACGGGUAAGCCGUGCAAAGAAGGGCAAACGGGUGCACGCAUGCAAUAAUAUGGGCUGUGAUAAGGUAUGUCUCGUCUGUACUUUUUUUGUUUGGUCUUUGCAUUUUGAGUGCUAGUCGAGUUGUUGUAGGCGGGAAAGCUCACGUAGGGUAUCCUUUCCUGGAUAAUAGGUUUUCACAAGAGCGGAACAUUUACGGUAGCGAAUACAGCACAUAGCUUGCUCUUUUAGGUCGUUUUCUAUAAAGAAACUAACUCAGAUUGAACAAACAAAAAAUAGGCGACAUCAGUUGAACCACAGCACAGAGGUGUAUUAUAAAUGUGAAAUGUGUGAACGAACGUUUGUGCGGCAAGACUUGCUUUCACGCCACACAGAGCGACAGUGAGCUUGCUUCUCCCCUUGGUUCCUCAAAGCUAGGGAAUGACGGCUGACUGUAACAUCGCAGUGCAACUCAAGCAAUGAAGGCCGUCCAAACAUUAGCUCUUGCUCAAAGACAUACCGGGUUUGUGACUCGGUAUGGGAUUAACGGAAUUAAUGGGAUUUCGGCUCGUCCCCCACCGACUAGUGACUAUGGGGGAAAUGCUCAUGUCUUUGAUUCAAACCCACAUCCAUCUCCUCGAGUUCAUACGGAUGUGAAUGCUUUGCCCCAGAUACUAACAUCUCACUCUCCGCAUCAAUCUUCCCCCUCUGCAACGUCGCUCGUGACUCCCCAUUCCUCGACGUCCAUGGCGAGUUACGGAUCGACGUUCUCGGCAACUGUGCCGUUAUCGUCACAUGGGAUGGGGUCUCCUUUGGACUAUUCAUCGGGGGAAUCGACGAGCUCGCCGCCGGGGAGCUUGCAGAGGGCCCACCUUCCAUUCCAUUUACAGCAUAGCGAACCAACGAGACAGCCAGAGCCAUUCAUUGUCUCGUCGCACCCAGAGAUACUCCAGCGACCCCCAGCCCUAUCCAUCGAUAACCAACUGCACCCGAAACCGAUGCCAACAUGGGAGAACUAUGCAUGGCUAUUUGAUGAUAGUACGUCCCAAGAUCAAGCACUAAUGGAUAUGAACCGGAGCCAGGAGUCCAUGCACUACCUCAACCCUUUAGAAACCACUCACUAUCGAAACAUAGCGAUGCAUGGUGGUCGUGGAAGUGGCAGCGGCAACAACAACAGCAGCAGUGAUCGGACAACGUAUGAGAACGUGAAGAGCGAGUCGGCGCUGGCAUUCCACCCCAUUGACGAGAGGAUGAGGUCCCAGAUAUUGAUGCUGCUAGGAAACGUGCCAAAUUUACACUCCAGUGCCUAUGCAAGCGCCUCCUCGAUGCAAUACUACCUUAGACUCUACUGGACGAAGUUUCAUCCAAUAUACCCAGUGCUACACAGGCCGACGUUCUUGCCAGGCAUGCAGCUGGUCAUGCUAGCUGCCAUAGUGAUCGCGAUAGGAGCUUCGUUUGCGAACGACGAGGCGCACCAGUUUGGUGUGGCUUUGUAUGAUAAGGUCAAAGGGUUGAUUCUGAACGUAGGGCACUUCUUAUUUCUCUUCUUGAUUCUUUACGUUUUCUUUGCCCUUGAUCCUGGUCUUUUAUGAGGAGGAAGGAGAGAAUGGCCUGAUACUUCAUGCUUUUUUGUGGUUGGGGAGGUGUAAGUUGACGCCGCAUAGCAGUCAGACGACUUUACAGCGCAUGAUUCGAGCAGCACCUAUUUUCAGCAGGCUAUAUUGUUGACGGACAUAUUUGGGAAAAUGAGGUGCACGAGGUCUCAGCUCGAUGGGGCACCGCUCGACGUGAUACUGAUGAAAGUAAAGCUUCCCUUGGAGAUCCUUUAUAUCUGCCUUCUCUCUCAUUUUUCGUCUUUCCACUUCUUUUGCCAUCAGCGUUCUGAUUAGGAUUGUUUUUUUUUGUUUCGCAGCUUUUACGACGAAGUGAGAUACCUACGACAGACCCAUUAGAGCAGGUGCGACGCUACCACAGGGAUGGAAUGGAGUUCAAUUACGACAGUGAGUGGCAGCACUGGAUAGGACUAGAGUCACAAAAGAGGUUGGUUAAAAAGCUGAAAACCCGAAGAAAGAAGGCAAUAAAGAACUGGUUGUAAAAAGGGCGGAUCGGGGGAUUUUUUUUUCUUUUCGUAUACUCUUAUAAGAAAAAGAAAAAAAGCCAAAGACCAGGCUGAAAGUGGUGAUCAAAGGUUGACAUUUUGGGCGUGUGUGCGCGAUGGAGCACAAUUGAACAGAGUCGCUCUACUAUUCUUCUACUGGGACGUACAACAAGCUACGAUGUUCGGUCGAGAAAUGUGCCAGACAGCCUUUGACCUUCGCGUGCUGCACCUGCCGUGCGAAGAGUUUCUCUGGAGCGCGGAUUCCUCGCACGAAUGGGUGGGAUACCUCGACGGGCAGCAGGAGCACCCCAGCUUCCUGGAGACGCUGCGCAUCUUCCUCGAUCCCAAGAGGCAGUUCCCCGUGCUGUCGCCGCUGAGCUCAAUGUUCAUUCUGCAUGGCUUAAUAUCGGUCGGCUACGACCUUCACAGGAGAUCAUCGCCCAUCGGCCCGAGCCCCGAAGAGACAGCUGCGAAGCAGGCUAGGUUGCUAAGGGCAUACGAAAAGUGGGCGACUUACUACGAGAUGAAUGUGAGCCAGGGCUUGUCCCAAUCUUGUAACAACAAGAACAUGGUCAUGUACCAUGCCGCCUACAUCUCUCUACACACUAACAUCCACAACCUGACCACCGUGGCCGGGGACACCCGGACCUUGAAGAGAAACCCGGAGAGGAGCGACUACUACAGAGCAAAGGCGGAGCUUCAGCAAUGGGCAAACAGCGGUUCCGCACAGCUCGCUACAUGGCACGCUGCGCGGAUCCUGGUUAGGUCAUUGAACCACACGCACGUCUAUCUUGAGCUGUUUCAUGUUCCAUGGUGCAUGUACAUAGCGACCUUGGUCUGCUGGGCAUAUGGUCAAUUUUCGUCUUCGGCCAUUGGACCGGGGGGAUUACCUGAGGCGUCAGACGACAAGGCUAUGUGGGAUGCUCACCAGGAUAUGCAUGUGUACCUUGGGCAGAUGUCCACUGAUAGUUGGGAGAGUUUACCGCGCGCCGGUGGACACAGGCGAACUGCGGGGUUGGUUGCUGUGGUGAAAAAUACCCUUGAGGGUGUUCGGUGGGGCUUGACACACGGGAGUGUUGACGUAUUAAAGAGGUUGGAUGGGUCUGAGGCGGGUAAAGGCGUUUAGGUUGAUGUGUAGAAACAUUGGGGGAAUGAUUCUUUUCGUGACAAUAUUUUUUUCGUUUUCUUUUUUACGGAGCGAGCUGUGUACGUUGCAAUAUCUUGUGCAUUGCUUUUGGGCCUUACUCGAUGUCCCCUUUGGCGCGUGUGUGGGUGUCUCUAAUAAUGCGAGUAUUGGAGAAGCGGGACUCUCGACGACGCAAGCCAUGCUGUUGAAAUUAUCGCCCGAAUAUUUUCCUUUUCCUCGUAUUAUCCUUGAUUUGGGCAUGGUGUUCCCCCCCCCUUCUCCCGAAUCUUGCGUGCCGAAAGUACCCAUAGCGCAGUUCGAGUAAAAGGAAGUUCGGGGCGUAGUGCAAGGACUGAGAUGCUGGACGUUCCUGCAGAACAAGUUGAGGAAAGCGGGAUCGACUCAAAUGUGACGCAAAUCAUAUUGUCUCGUGAAGGGUGAUAACGCACAUCGCCAAAACGGUGUUGGGAACGGCGGCUGGGAUGU